CCCGAAGGCAUAUCUUCCUUAUCACUGCAUAUAAAAGGACAGGGUAGGGACAUUUUCUUGGACAGGACAAAUAAGCCAACACAAAGAUGGCGUAUCUCAAUCUGACCAUCUGUAUCGUAGCAAUUUUUAUUGGAUUGACGUAUGGUCCUGUUCAAGUUAGCUGUCAUAAAUUUCCACCCCCACCACCACAGAGAAAAGGACCUCCAGCUGGAAUGAGCGUACUGCCUAUACCUAUACCUAGACCGUUUCCUAUUAGACGACCUAAUGAAGAAAGACGGACUGUUUUAUUAGUUGAAGAUAAUGGAUGGGAUAAUUCAAUGGGUGGUUGGUUGGAAUCAUUAUUGCCACUGUUAGCCAUACCUUUGCUAUUAAUGGCUUUAGGUAUUGGUACAACGACUACAGCUACAACUGCUAUGGCCGCAACAGCUGCUGCUGCAGUAGAUACCACUGCUGCUGCUGCUGCUGCUACCACUGCUGCUGCUGCUGCCACCACUGCGGCUGCUGCCACCACUGCGGCUGCUGCCACCACCACAUAGGCGAAUAGAUAUAUUGUGUGUACCCAACGUUUGUUUAU